AUGGAUGAGCUUCAGACGCCCCGGCACAUGAGAACUCCUGGCGAUGAUGGUUAUCGCACCCCUACUAUAGAAGACGCCGAGCGCACUCUCUCAGAGCUCAUUGCUAGUCCCAGUAGUGGUGCGCGCGAGGUUCACACCACUGCUUUGGAGGCGGCGCUGCAGAGAGCCUCGUCUCGGGUGGCGGAAGCGACUGCCAAUAAGGAAUUCAACCAUUGUCAAGACCAGGAUGGCUUCUCGCUCAAUCGGAGAUUCACCGAUACGCCGCCUUCCCAUCUUAGUUGGAAGAAGCGGAUUCGCCAUAUUACCUGGGCUUAUUUCACAUUGACUAUGGCUACGGGUGGUCUGGCCAAUGUUCUAUACGAAGUACCUUAUCGUUUCCGUGGUCUAGAGACGAUUGGAGUCGUCGUCUUUUUGAUCAACAUUGUGCUUUACCUUCUCAUUUGGGGCCUUUUGCUUGCCCGAUUCUAUUAUUAUCCCUAUACAUUCAAAGCCUCCUUUUUGCAUCCGACAGAGUCCCUGUUCAUUCCUGCUUCAAUGGUCUCUUUCGGCACAAUCCUCAUCAACAUUUCUCAAUAUGGACCCGGAAAAGCCGGUCCGUGGUUACUCGAGGCGGUUGGUAUCUUGUUUUGGAUAGAUGCCGGUCUCGCUGUGGUUUUCUCUGCUGGCAUUUACCUCACUCUCUGGUCCACCCAGACAUUUACCAUCGCCCAAAUGACCCCCAUCUGGAUCUUUCCUGCGUACCCGAUGCUCAUCAUCGGUCCUCAUGCUGGUAUUCUCAGCGCCAAAGUGGAACCUUCACGCGCCCUGCGCAUCAUCGUGGGAGGUACUACCAUUCAAGGUGUUGGGUUCUUGGUGUCAUUGAUGGUGUACUCUGCCUUUAUAUAUCGACUCAUGACGCAGAAGCUUCCCAAGGAGAAUAUCCGACCGGGAAUGUUCGUCUCUGUAGGACCUAGUGGCUUCACCGUCGCAGGUCUCGUGAACAUGGCAUCUGAAGCGAAACGCGCGUUUCCCGCCGAUUUCAUGAGCAAUGGUCCUUUGGCAGCGGAUGUCCUGAGGGUGGUGGUUGACUUCUCCAUGCUGUGGUUAUGGGGAUUGGCUAUAUUCUUCUUUCUCAUCGCAAGUGCGGCCCACUGGUCUGCAAUCGGCCCAGGUCGGUUGCAAUUCUCAAUGACCUGGUAUUCUUUCAUCUUCCCGAACACUGCUCUGAUCACUGCUACCUUUGCUAUUGGAAAAGCGUUCUCGUGCAAGGCGAUCAACAUCGUUGGAUGUGCAGCAAUUGCUCCUCUGCUGCUCAUGUACUUCUUUGUUUGUUACAAGAUGGCUCGAGCCAUUAUUUCGCACCAGAUCCUGUGGCCCCAAAGGGGCGAAGAUCGAGACGAGGGUGGGUUUGAGAUUCUAUCCGUCAACCCUGAUGCACAUGCCUCCGACGAAAAUACAGUUGUUUAG